UCUCUGUCUAGCCGAAAUCUCGCGGUGUUUGGGAGCGUGCUGCAGCUCAGAGGCGGAGUCGGAAGCUCUGUGCAGUCUGCAGCGGGUCCUGCUUUGGUCCUGGUUUAGUCCCUGUUUAUUCCUGGUCCAAUCCUGGUUCAGACCCCGUUUAGACCCGGGUCAGACCGGCCCAGCUCGGCUUAGUCCGGACUACAGCGGCGGGACCGAGGGGGAAGUCCGUGCUCGCGCCCGCUGUCGGCGCGCGCUUGCGGCUCGGCGGGAAACAACAGGCCUCAGUCACGCGCACGGGGUUGGGUCACGCGCACAAUGGAUGGCUCUUUGGAUGAGGAUGUGCACGAGGACAGCGUGCAUGCUCGUGUGUGCACGUUAGAGAGCGAUGAGCAUGUGCAUGCUCGUGUGUGUGCACUGGAGCUGCGGGUGCAGACGCAGGAGGAUGAGCUUACUGUGCUGAAAGCUGCGCUUGCUGAUGUCAUCCGCCGCCUCAACCAAUCAGAAGAGAGCAAGAGGCAGAGCAAAGGGUCCAUGCGAGAGGCCUACUCUCUAUCCUGUCUCCCAAAUGGAGGGACCUCAGGAGGACCCUCGGGGGGUGGGCGGCGGAGGGACCGCGACUCCGGAUCUGUGACGCGCAAAGAGACGCUAUCGUCUGCCGCCAAAAGUGGGACAGACAAGAAGAAGGACACUCCACAGACGUCCCACUCCAGAUCUGACCUGGGUGAGAUCCAAGAGGAGACCCAGAACCGGACCCAGAACCGUACCCAGAACCAGACCCAGAACCAGACCCUCACCCUCCAAAGGUCCCAGUCCUCAGAGUCGCGCUCCACAGAACCCAGGACCGAGCCCAGAGCCGAGACCAAAGUCCAGACUGGAGCCUCUAGCAAAAGGGGGGGCAGUUCCAGGCGCUCGCUUGACCGGGACGACGAUCGUCUCCACAAAGCCGCCUCCACCUCCAAAGUAUUAGUGCGUGUUGCUAAGCAGGCGCACAGGAGUAAGGACCCUGUGGUUAGUCCAGCCAAAAUGUCGACUCGAGAAAAGACCAAAGAGACCCAGGCAGAGGGGAACAGUAUAAAGACAUUCAUGCGUGGUCGUCCUAUCACCAUGUUCAUUCCGUCAGACGUGGAAAACUACAACGACAUGAGAACAGAGCUGCCUCCGGAGCGUCUCAAACUGGAGUGGGUAUACGGGUACCGCGGGCGCGACUGCCGCGCAAAUGUGUUCCUGCUGCCGACGGGAGAGACGGUUUACUUCAUUGCCUCCGUUGUGGUUUUAUUCAACAGCGAAGAACGAACGCAACGCCACUACCUCGGGCACACGGACUGCGUCAAGUGUCUGGCUCUUCAUCCUGAUAAGAUCCGCAUCGCCACAGGACAGCUUGCUGGAGUGGACAAAGAUGGACGGGCGGUGUCUCCUCACGUGCGUGUCUGGGACAGCGUGAGCUUGUGCACGCUGCAGAUUGUGGGUCUGGGGACAUUUGAGCGUGGCGUCGGCUCUCUUGCCUUCUCCAAAGCCGACUCUGGAGUUCAUUUAGCUGUAGUGGACGACUCUAAUGACCACAUGUUGACCGUUUGGGACUGGAACCGAAAAACUAAAGUGGCUGAGAUCAAGACGACCAAUGAGGUGGUGCUGGGGGUGGAGUUUCACACCACUGACUCCGCCUCCAUUGUCACCUGCGGAAAAUCCCACAUUUUCUUCUGGACGUGGAACGGCAGCAGUCUGCAGAGGAAGCAGGGGAUUUUUGGGAAAUUUGAAAAGCCGAAGUUUGUCCAAUGCGUUGCCUUCCUCCAGAACGGAGACAUCCUGACCGGAGACUCAGGGGGAGUCCUGCUGGUGUGGACCAGAACUGCAGAAACUCCCACGUCCAAAGGACUCAGAGCGUUCCAGAUUGUACGUCAGGUAAAGGCGCACGAGGGCAGUGUAUUCUGCCUGAGUGAGACCAGAGGAGGCGCUGUUCUGAGCGGAGGCUCUAAGGACAGACGUGUGGUGCUCUGGGACCACGAGCUGCGGCCCGACAAGGAGAUUGAGGUCCCGGAUCAGUUCGGGAGCAUCCGUGCCGUGGCCGAGGGGAAAGGAGACCAGGUCUUAGUCGGGACCUCCAAGAACUUCAUCCUCAGAGGAACCUUCACUGAGGGAUUCACUGUGGAAGUCCAGGGACAUACAGACGAGCUGUGGGGUCUGGCGUCUCACCCGAGCAGGGACCUGUUCCUGACCUGUGCCCAGGACCGACUCGUCUGUCUCUGGGACUCAGCCGACCACCGCCUCAAGUGGAGCCGCAGCCUGGAGGAGCACGGACACUGCGCAGACUUCCAUCCGAGUGGAGCCGUGGUCGCAAUUGGGACGCACUCCGGGAAGUGGUACGUUCUGGACGCCGAGAGCACCGACCUUGUGGCAAUCCACACCGAUGGGAACGAGCAGUUGUCUGUCAUGAGGUUCUCUGUGGACGGCAGCCUGUUAGCCGUGGGGUCUCAUGACAACUUCAUCUACCUGUACACAGUAUCUGACAAUGGACGCAAGUACAGCCGUUACAACAAGUGCUCUGGACACUCGAGUUACAUCACUCACUUGGACUGGUCUCCAGACAACAGCUUCAUCAUGUCCAACUCCGGAGACUAUGAGAUCCUCUACUGGGACGUGGUAAACGGCUGCUCUCAGAUCAGGAAUCGCUCUGACUGUAAAGACCUCGACUGGGCCACGUACACCUGCGUCCUGGGCUUCCAUGUCUUUGGCGUGUGGCCUGAGGGCUCAGACGGCACAGACAUAAAUGCUGUGGUUCGUUCUCACAACCGCCGCGUCCUUGCUCUUGCUGACGACUUCUGCAAAGUCCAUCUGUUCUCCUACCCAUGCUGCACACCCAAGGCUCCGAGUCACAGGUACAGCGCCCACAGCAGUCAUGUGACCAACGUGAGCUUCCUGCACAAUGACAGUCACCUGAUCUCCACGGGAGGAAAGGACAUGAGCAUCCUACAGUGGCGACUGGUCGAGAGCAGCGCAGGGCCCACCCCCAAGCCACUGGCCCCGCCCCCCACCACUGUGUUGGAUGAGCUGCCCACGGCCAAUGGGGAGCCAGAGCCGGAGUGUGAGCUGACCCCGCCCCCCUCGGAGCUGACCCCUCCCACUUCAGACACGAUGAGUUUGAAGGACAGCUUGGAGCCGACGCCCCCCCUCACGCCACCGUCUUAGACCCGCCCCUCACCAUCCACCACCGUAGACCUCAGAAACACUCCUCUGUCGCUGCUCGGGUCCAGGCCCGCUCCGGUCAAGUCCGGAUCCAACCAGAAACCCUCUCGUUCCGGUGCAUUAAGCUCAUCUCUGCAAAACUGUGUGGAGUCCUGUGGGUUUGUGAAGUGGACUGCAUCUCCCAGAAUGCAUUGUACCAGCAGCCAAUCAGAGUGCUGCAUCCUGAUCAUGUGAGUUGUGAAUGGACUCUGUUUUAUUCACUGUUUUUAUGUUUCAGUUUCUGUUUUUGGCCUUUUCAAAAUGAACCAAAAAGUGAUUUCUGUAAAAAUGUGUUUCCAAUGAAUGUCAAGGCCCUGCCCCCCUCCAGAGUCCUGGUCUAGUACUGAUUUAGUUCUGGUUUGUUCCUGGUUUGGUCUGUGUUUAGGGCCCAUUGUAGUCCUGGUUUAGACCUGUUUUAGUCCUGGUUUAGAAUUGUUUUAUAAACACUGACUCAAAGGGCACCAAGACUAAACCAGGACUAAACCAGGACUAAUCCUUGUCUGACCAAUCAUUUUCAAGAUGGAGUUAAAUCGUGGUGUGGGCAGGGCCUGGGAGUGAAUGUCCGAUUGUGAUUGAUCAGAGCUUUGAGCCUAUCGGGAUCUGUCAUUAUGACAGAUUCCUAUUGGCCCAUCUCUGACAGUGUCAUUGUGAAGGGCUUGUCUCAUUGGAUGUUCACACGUUUAAGGGAAGGGUUUGAGGGUGGGGGGGCAUGCAUGUGAAGGGGGAGGGGGAGGGGGGGGGGGGGGGGGUGUAUGUGAUGGUCAUGUGACAAGGCCCUAAGCCAAUCAUGUGUCACAAGCAUUCCUGUCGACAUCAGACUGAAAAUAAACAUUUUGGACUAAA